GCAUUUUCAUUGGUCCAACAACAAUCCCGCUGCGUAGGCCAAAAUUCAGGUUAGUUUGGUAGGCGCUGCGAGUUUACGGACAGGAGCAGUUCACCAAUUCGCCCGCAGACAUAUCUGUUUAUUCCUCUAUCAAAGCUCGCAAGCAGACAGUCAUCAGAUUUGAGUCCGUAUUGUGUACAGACCCCACACCUCCACAUUUGAGACAGCACACAAUUGAGCUGAGUGCUAAUCAUGGAGGCGGAGAACGAACCGCAAGAAGAGGAGACUACUGUCAGCAGUUCAGAGAACAGAAACGGAAAACGUCAAGCGGAAGACUCUGAGGAGCAGCAGGGAGGAAAACGUGCCCGAAACUCAGACGACACGGUGGAGCUCAGAAUACUGCUACAGAGCAAGAAUGCCGGAGCAGUCAUUGGAAAAGGAGGGAAGAACAUCAAAGCUCUUCGCUCAGAUUACAAUGCCAGUGUGUCCGUCCCCGACAGCAGCGGCCCCGAACGUAUCUUGAGCAUCAGUGCAGACAUCCCGACUGUUGGAGAGAUUCUGCUGAAGAUCAUCCCCACGCUGGAGGAGUACCAGCACCACAAGGGCGUGGACUUUGACUGCGAGCUGCGGCUGCUGAUCCACCAGAGCUUGGCAGGAAGCAUCAUCGGAGUCAAGGGAGCCAAGAUCAAGGAGCUGAGAGAGAGCACACAGACCACCAUUAAGCUGUUCCAGGAGUGUUGUCCUCAGUCCAGCGACCGUGUGGUGUUGGUGGGCGGGAAGGCCGAGCGCGUGGUGGAGUGCAUCCGCAUCAUGCUGGAGCUCACCGCCGAGGCUCCCAUCAAAGGUCGCGCCCAGCCCUACGACCCCAACUUCUACGACGAGUCCUACGACUACGGCGGCUUCACCAUGUCCUUCGAGGAGCGGGGAGGAGGAGGCGGAGGAGGUGGCGGCGGCCGUAGACCCAUGGGAGGCGGAGGUGGUGGAGGAGGAGGAGGCUUCCCCUCCCGGGGAGGUCGCGGUGGAGGAGGUGGCGGCUUCGACCGCAUGCCCCCCGGAGGAGGUCGCGGUGGCCACUCCAUGCCCCACUCGCGGAGAGACUACGACGACAUGAGCCCGCGCCGCGGACCCCCGCCCAUGCCCCCGGGCAGGGGGGGCAGAGGAGGAGAUAGAGGAGGCGGAGGAAGGGGCCGCAACACGCACAUGGGACCCCCACACCACCGGAGAGGAGAUGACCACUAUUCCUAUGACUCUCAUCGUGGAAACCACGACGACAGACCGAAAGGUGACAGAAGGGGGCGUCCCGGUGACCGCUAUGGUGACAGCAUGAAUGAUCGGGGCUACAACAACAACUCUUCCUGGGGUGAUCCAUAUCAGUCUGGUGGAAGAGGAAGCUAUGGCGAUAUUGGAGGCCCUGUCAUUACCACACAAGUGACAAUCCCAAAGGAUCUGGCUGGCUCCAUCAUUGGUAAGGGAGGCCAGCGCAUCAAGCAGAUCCGCGGCGAGUCGGGCGCCUCCAUCAAGAUCGACGAGCCGCUACCCGGCUCCGACGACCGCAUCAUCACCAUCACCGGCACACAGGACCAGAUUCAGAACGCACAAUACCUUCUGCAGAACAGUGCGUUACACCUCAUGGGACAGAACUAGCCAUUGCCCUUUGGACGACUCAGACCUUCUCUUCUCUCUCUCUCUCCCUCUCUCUCUUCCUUAAUUCUUCUCUCGCUCUCGCUCUCUCUCUUGCUCUCUCUCUCUCUCUCCCCCUCUCUCUCUUGCUCUCUCUCUCUCUCCCCCUCUCUCUCUCGGUUUCUUUCAAAGUCUUUCUGGCAGGAGUUAAAAUUGACUGACUCUCUCUUGCCUGUCCUCUCCUGGGGUUCUAUACUACAGGGCUGGUUCAGGAGUAAACCAGGCGAAGUUAAGAGGUAAAUCAACUAAUAGAAGAGCCUGGUGUGCUCGUUUUCUUAAGAAACCAUAACCUGGUUUACUCCUGAACCAGCUUUGUAGUAUAGGCUCCUGAUGGGUCGAUGAUGUUUUUUCUUUUUGUUUAUUUUAUAUUUUAAUAAUCAUUCAAGGGCCAAUUUUAUGUUCAUUCAAGAUGGAAGCCCUCCUUGUGUGCGUGUGUGUACUUUCUUUUUCUUUCUGUCUUUCUUUCUUUCUUUUUUAAAAACUACACCGCCCCCUGUGUGUGUGUGUGUGUGUGUGUGUGUGUGUGUGUGAGAGAGAGAAAGCCAUGUUUUCCCCUCCAAAACAAUGCAGUUCAUGAAUGUUCUGAAGGAUUUUGAUGUAAGGCAGACAGAUUUCACUGUAUAUAGUAUGACCCUGGUGUCUGGUUUCUGUGAUAUUACAUGGUUACUUACUUAACUUGUAUCUUCAGAUCUUGUCAAGGUUGUAUGUUCUGAGAGUGUAUGUGUUGAAGCUGUUGGCUUUUAAAAAAAAACGAAACAAACAUAACUGUGUGAGUGUUGAACUCUGGGCUACCUCCUAUCUCCCUCCACUCCCUCCAGUCUCAGAAUAGGUGUGUGUGUGUGUGUGUGUGUGUGUGUGUGUGUGUGAGCGAGCGUGUGUGUGUGUGUGUGUGUGUGUGUUUUUAUACCGGUGGCAGCAGCACAAACGCGUUUCAGUCUGGGGGGUAAAAUUGGGCAGUUUGAAAGUUUGUGUCUGUCUGUGUGUGUGCGUGCAUUUUUUUUUUUUUUUGGACUAUUGUUUUGAGAAUUUUUUUUUUCUUCUCUCUCAUACAAAUUUGUUAUUUGUCCUGGCGUGAUAUGCCUCUCCCCAAAAGAGCUGUAGAAUUUGCUAUUAGUCUCAAACAAUAAAUGUGAAGCCACUUUUUACCAGUA